AUGGAGGCUGUGAAGGGUCGUGUGACUACGGGCACUUAUCUCAAGAUGAUGAGUGCCUUGGACGGAUGCUGUGUCGCACCGGUGGCGAAACUCUGGACAUGCCCUCCCCGCAAUGUGGUCAAGUGGGACGACGCCAGCGGAUACCCUACGUCUACCUCCAGCAACAACCGUUCGGUGGUCUUCGCAGGAUCAUUUAACCCACCGCAUCAUGGCCACUUCGAGAUCAUCCGGUACCUAUCAAAAACAUUUUCUGAAGUGCAUGUGGUAAUUGGCAUCAAUCCAGCAAAGACGUACCCGGUUAGUCCCGACGAGCGCAAGGCAAUUAUCGAGCACGCUCUUCCAUCCAUGGGAGCCCAGAAUGUCAAGGUGUGGGUGUGGGGCGAUGUCAUCUUCAAGUUGGCGAGAAAGGUCGGUGCAACUGCAAUGUAUCGUGGCAUUCGCAGCUGGCAAGAAGAUGGGAAGGCCGAAAGGUACUUGGAGGUUCAGAACGUUUGCUGGCCUGUCUUGUCAACUUGUGCAUCGCCUAUGAGCACGUACUUCGUGGAAGGGCCGCCGCAGUACUCCUUCGUGAGCUCUACGCUCCUGCGGGAGCGGCUGAAAUCUGGCCAGAGCAUAGCCGACAUUAUUCCGGCAGUGGUGGCUGACAAAGUCCGCACAGCUUACGAAGGCAAGCUGUGA